AUGUCGCUCCGCACCACUCCGGAGACCCGCUUUGAUAGCUUGAACGUCUACACCACUUCAUACAAGAAGAUUGGCGACCAUGAAAUCGAAGUCAAUGUCCUUGCUCCCAAAGGCAUCUCGCCCGGGAAGCAUCCGUUGAUGGUCAAAUGGCACGGCGGAGGUCUAACCACAGGAACAGCACUGUACACCCCAUGGUUUUCUGCUUUUAUGGUCCCACUAAUCAUACGCAACAAGGCGAUCGCCAUUGUUCCAAACUACCGGCUGACUCCAGAGCACACUGGCGACGAAAUUCUCGAAGACAUUGCUUCCCUGGGAGGCUGGCUUACAUCUUCGUUGCCCGCAUACCUUGCAUCCAAAGACUCUUCAAUCGAGCCCGACCUUUCCAGGAUCCUAGUAACCGGCGAUUCUGCCGGCGGCUGGAUGGCGCUUCAGUCGGUCCUUUCUCUACCAGAAAAGACAUUCCGUGCUUGUUUCAUCCAGUAUCCCAUGGUAAACGCCAUUCCUUACUCUCCAGACGAUACCAUCUUGGGUGGCCCUUUCCCACCAAAGAAGGACCUGGACGAUUUCCUUGCAACUAUGAAACCGGGUGACAUUGUCAGUGCAGCUAUCCCGCCUGCUCGCAGCCAAAUCAUGCCCCUGCUACUUGCAUACGGGCGCUGGGAUGAAUUCUUUGGCACUGGGCUGCAUCUCAUGCCAGAUACGCGCAUCGAUACUGCAAAGUCUUUCGUUCCAACAUACAUUGUGCAUGGUAAGGACGAUACUAUUGUGCCUAUCAUAUGGACGGAGAAGUUUGUAGAUAGAGCGAGGAGAUUGUUCCCGGACACGAGAUUUGACUUCGUUACGCGGCCCGGUGAACAUGGUUUCGAUGAUUCAAUCUAUAAAGAGGAUGAGCCGUGGCUUGCGGAGAUGAUCAAGAACAUUGAGAAGGACUGGCUAGAAUGA